ACAGUCCGCUCAUUCUAACCAGCGCAGCAGACAGAGAUGAAGCGAAUAACAGUCCGGGGGAAGAUGGACUAGAUACCUGCAAACUAAACCGCACUAAACUGGAUCAUGUUUUUGUUACACAGUUCCUGGAUUAUAUUCAUAUUAUUUUCACUGCAAAGUUGUAAUGGUGUACAGGUGAUUGUGAAAGAUGAGAAGAAGUUUGCCAUGCUGUUCUCGACAAUUGUUCUUCCGUGUCAUUACACCACCCACUCCACUCAAACCGCAGUGGUACAGUGGUGGUACAAGUCUUACUGUACAGACCGCACUCGGGAUUCCUUCACCUUUCCUGAGUCCCUGGGGGUCCGCGGAUCUGAUCUGGGAGCUACGUCUCAUCUGGACUGCUCUGACAAGAGCCGCACGGUCCGCAUCGUGGCCUCAGGACAGGGAUCUUCUAUGACCUUAGCAGAACACUACAAAGGAAGAGAUAUCUCCAUCAUUAACAAAGCAGAUCUGCGCAUUGGACAGCUGCAGUGGGGCGACAGCGGUGUAUAUUUCUGUAAGGUGAUCAUUUCUGAUGACCUGGAAGGGAAAAAUGAAGGCCAGGUGGAGCUACUGGUGCAGGGUAGGACAGGUGUGCUGGAUGACAUCCUGCCUGAGUUUGAUUUGGAGAUUAUGCCAGAGUGGGUGUUUGUGGGAGUUGUCGUCCUUGGUAGCGUUCUCUUCCUGUUGUUGGUUGGGAUCUGCUGGUGCCAGUGUUGCCCUCACUCCUGCUGUUGUUAUGUACGCUGUUGCUGCUGUCCUGAUACAUGUUGCUGUCCAAAACACUUAUACGAGGCAGGAAAGAUGGCAAAGAGCGGCCAACCUCCUCAGAUUGCCAUGUACCAACCUUACUAUGUUCCUGGUGUGCCUGUGGUUUCUGUGGUCCCUCCAGCCGCUCCAUCCAUCAUUGAACCCAAGUUAUCUACAUUACCUCGUUCAGCAGAAAACAAUAUAGCUGGAGUGCGCAGUGGCUAUCGACUCCAGGCCAGUCAGGGUCAGGACGCUAUGAAGGUUGUGUACUACGUAGAGAGGGACCUGGCGCAGUUCCACCCUACCAAGGGGGCCAGUCAUCCAUCAGCUGGCAGCCUAUCAGAACUGAGCUCUCUGCACGAUGGUGACACAGACUUUAGACAGACCUAUCGGCAGGUCCAGAGGAAAGCACUACCACCCAUCAGUGACCACAUUGAUGAGGCGCGUCUCCGAACAACAUCGAUUGGCCAUGGGCUCCGCCCCUCACAUUAUCAGGACGAGCAUGACAACAGGUGGAACUGUCGCUCUGAGCACCUGCCUCGCAAAGCUUUCACCAGGGGGCGCACGGGGUCACUAGAUGAGCUGGAAGAGUUUGCUAUUUCGUAUGGCCCACACGGUCGACGAAGAGGUGACUUUCGUGGACCUCAGCAAGACUUUGAAAUGGGACCAAGGUCGCGGGACUAUCCACCGUCAUACCGAGACGGGCCACGUUAUUCUCGUGAUGAUGACGAUAACAACUGGCGUCGUCGAGGCUCGCCACCUUCCCCACCAAAAAGGCGUGACGCAGGUGACAGUGAGCGUUAUGUUGCACGCCAGAGGUCAUAUGACGAUACCUACCUGAACACUUUACUGGAGCGCAAGGCUAGGGGCCAUGGAGAGUGGGGUGGGAGGACUGAUGAUGACAGUGACACACCCUCAAAAGGCAGUUCGAAGAAGAGCAGUGACUGUUACAACAACAGGUCACCUAGCAACCGCCCCGAGGAGGAUGAUCCUUUACCUCCGUACUCUGAGAGGGAGGCGGAGAGGUUUAGAACUGAAGAGCUUAUAGCGAGGGAACGGUACAGGACUGUUGAUCGCCCUUUUUCAUACACACGUCCGGCUCAAGGACUGUCCCAUACGCUACAGGAGCGCAGGGAGGACAGGGACAAACCCAGGAAACUGACCACUCAUCUAAGCAGAGACUCUCUAAUUGUGUGACGUCCUCAGACUGAGCUGACAUCAUACUAAUAACAUCACCAUCAAGCUGAAGAGAAAUGCCCCAGACACUAAGCAUCAAUCAGUCAGCAAGACACAUUUUAGGAUCACACAGACAUGAAGAGCUUGAGAACUUUUGCUGGUCAAGGGCAAGAACGUAGUGUGUGUGUGUCUGUUUUUAAUGUCUAUAUUGCUUAAUUAUGACCUACUUUCUUCAUCAGUCCUCAAGACUGCCACUGCACUAAAGUUGUGCUAAAAAGGACUUUAAAAUGGUUCAGAUGAUAUUUAAGUGCUCUAAACAUUCCUUGGUAUUUUGUAUAUCUUCAGUACUGUAAUGGGACAUUGUCUCUGAUAUUUCAAUAUGGCCUUUGUUUGCACUGUACUAUACAUUUGUAUCAGUGUUAAUCAGUUGGCUGACUCUCAAGGGAAGCAUAAAUGUUUGUGCUUUUUAUAAUGUGCCAUUUAUUUGUAUUCCAUGGUUUUAAAAUAAUGAUUUUGAUAUGAGGGUCAAAGACAAAUAAAACAAACAAAAGUGUAA